GACCCACCAUCCGAAAGAGAUCCGUUUGAGAAGCAGAAAAAAAAAAGGCUAUCACAACGGCAUUCUUAUCUGAUAGUGGUAGUAGCGCUAGCAUUUAGAAGAAGAAGAUAAACAGCCCCACUCCAAUGCAUCAAAACCCCUCAAAACUCGAUUUUUUGAAUCCAGUCACCCCAAAACUCCACCCCAACAUCACCAUCACCUCUUCCUAAAUGCCUUUCUUUACAAAAAAGACCCCCAAAUCUUUGAAGAAACCCCCCAAAUGGUCUGACCUCUGGCUAUUCAAAGAGAAACCCGUCAAGCAUGUGGUUUUCAAGAUGCAGCUCGACUCCAAUACCCUAACCCUAGACCAGCAUCAGGAUGAAGGAGAAGAACCUCUGCAUCUUCACCGUCCAUCGUCGGGCCCCGCCGCCGCAUCGGUGGACCCCACUUCACUCCUAUCCGACUCCGACCUCCUUCACAUCCUCUCCCUUCUACCAGUCUCCCAGCACAAGUCCAUCUCCCUCGUCUGCAGGCGAUGGCUGUCGCUGGCGGGCCGCCUCCGUGAGUCUCUCACGCUCCUCGACUUCCCGUUCCUGUCCUCGGGCCGCCUCUUCGCUCGCUUCCCCAACCUCACCGACGUCGAUCUCGUCCCUGCCUCCAUCCAAACCCCGCAAAAUUCCUCCAUAAUCCUCACCCACGCGUUCCUCUCCUUGCAUCUCGGCUCCGAUUUUUCAUCCGGAUGCUUCUUCCGCGACGAGCUCCUCCUGCCGUCCGAUUUCAUCGACAACGGGCUCCGCGUCCUCGCCCGGGGCUGCCCGAACCUUCGGAAGCUUGUCCUUAUCGCUGCCACAGUGAUGGGCCUUUCCUCUGUCGCGGCCCACUGCCCAACGCUCCAGGAGCUGGAGCUGCACCGGUGCACGGACCUCUCGCUGCGGGCCAUAUCAGCUUGUGAGAACUUGCAGAUCCUGAGAUUGAUUGGUUUCUUAGAUGGGUUUUAUGAUUCACCUGUCACCGACAUCGGGCUGACGAUCUUGGCCCAUGGUUGUAGACGGCUGGUGAAGCUGGAGCUGAGCGGGUGCGAGGGGAGCUACGAUGGAAUCAGCGCGAUCGGGCAGUGCUGCCCCAUGCUGGAGGAGCUGACGCUCUGUGAUCAUAGGAUGGAUGGAGGGUGGAUUGCGGCGCUGUCGUUUUGUGGGAAUUUGAAGACAUUGAGGCUGCAGGGGUGUAAGAGGAUUGAUUCGGAUCCAGGGUCCGUCGAGCAUCUGGGGUCAUGCCUUAUGUUGGAGAGGUUGCAGCUGCAACGGUGCCAGCUGCGAGACAAGCAGAGCAUGAUGGCGCUAUUUCUGGUCUGUGGGGGUGUUAGAGAGAUUGAAUUUCAGGAUUGCUGGGGAUUGGACAAUCAGAUGUUUGGCAUUGCAAGUAUUUGCAGGAGGGUAAAAUUUCUAUCUUUGGAAGGAUGCUCCUUAUUGACAACAGAAGGUCUGAAGUCUGUAAUUCUUUCUUGGAAGGAGCUUCAAAGACUCAGAGUAGUCUCUUGUAACAAUAUAAAGGAUGGUGAAGUCACUCCUGACCUUGCAAGUUUGUUUUCUGUUCUGAAAGACUUCAAAUGGCAGCCGGAUUCCCGAUCUGUUCUUGCAUCGAGUCUUGCGGGGACUGGAAUGGGUACUAGAGGUGGAAGAUUUUUCAAGAGAGCGUGAGUUGUGAACAGCUUAUUGCCUGAUACUGAGAGCCAUAAUCCCACAUUAAUGGUUGUUCAAAUGGUAGCUGCAAAAUGUCAUGCUGCAACUGCACUACCAUUACACUGUCAUUUUUUUCUCAUCGAUCUCAGAUGGUUAACAUGUUAGUCGAUGGAGGCCGCCUUUUCUUCUUACAGGGAUGCAGUCAUGGUUCCUAUUCGCCCCAGAUUUCAUUUUGUCCCUUGCAAAUAUCAUCGUUGUUUUAUUACCACUACCAAUACUUUAUCUGUACUUGUUCUGCCAUAGUUAGAUUAGGAAUGCUAAUCCUUUUCUCUUUUUUUAUGGUGGGUGGAUCAAGCUACCAUAUGGCUAUUUCAAGGGGUUGUGGUAAUUGGGGCAGGCUCUGUAUAUUGCACUCUGUUCAUAUUUUUAUACUUUGUAUCUCUUAGUUCCUAAAUAUGAAUUCAACACCUUUUUAGCAUAA